AUGGAGAGGGUACCUGCGAGCAAGGCUAAGACGAAGAAGCUUGGCAUGCUGCUGAGGGGCCUAGGCCGAAGCAGCAGCACGAGCCCCUCGCCGCCAGGGAGCCCGAAGUGGGCUCGGUCGGAGGAGGAGGAGGAAGGCGGCCGGGGACGGAGCAAGAGGCGGGUGGCGCCGGAAGGGUGCUUCUCCGUGUACGUGGGGCCGGAGAGGAAACGGUUUGUGGUGAAGACAGAGCACGCGAACCACCCGCUGUUCAGGAUGCUGCUGGAGGAGGCCGAGUCGGAGUACGGGUUCUGCAGCGAGGGGCCGAUCGCCCUCCCCUGCGACGUCGACCUCUUCCUCCGUGUCCUCUGGGAGAUGGACGCCGACGAGGCUGUGCCCCGCGGCCGCGGCUGCGCGUUCCCCACCAGGAAGGGCGGCGGUAUCGGCGGCUACCAGCUCCUCAGCCCCUCCCGCUUCCGAGUCGGAUGA